CAGAAGGGAGAAGCAGCAGCAGAGAACACACUCUCCAGUCCAGGGUCAGGCCUCAGGAUAAUCACUGGUUACUUUACUGAAAGAUCACUCAGGCUGCUGUGGAAAGGACAGAUCUCUAUAUCCAAAUGUGGGAGAGGAUAAAAAGACCAAAUGAGGGAUCAUAAGCUAUGAACCAGAAAAUUGACUGGAACCAACACAUGAAUUCACAUGAGGCCCUCGCUGUCCACUGUGAGUAAAUCGAAGCCCAGAAUACUCAAGACUUUACUGAUGAAAGCUCAGAAGAUAGUUAUAACAACGAAACUAAGACAUUAAAAGGAAAAUACCAGCUACUACUCCGCAGGGUGCAUUAACUGCCAAUUAAUGGAUACAUUUAAAUCCUCCUGAAUCAACAAAGUCACCAGAUAGCAAAGAAGAGACACAAGCCAUGGACAACAUCACCUCUGUGGCUGGAAAUGGCAGCCUGUGCACCAGAGAUUACAAAAUCACCCAGGUCCUCUUCCCGCUCCUCUAUACCGUCCUGUUUUUUGUUGGACUCAUCACAAACAGCCUGGCAAUGAGGAUUUUCUUUCAAAUCCGCAGUAAAUCCAACUUUAUUAUUUUUCUUAAGAACACAGUCAUUUCUGAUCUUCUCAUGAUUCUGACUUUUCCAUUCAAAAUCCUCAGUGAUACGAAGCUGGGAACAGGACCACUGAGAACCUUUGUAUGCCAAGUAACCUCUGUCAUAUUUUAUUUCACAAUGUACAUUAGUAUUUCAUUCCUGGGACUGAUAACUAUUGAUCGCUACCAGAAAACCACCCGGCCAUUUAAGACAUCCAACCCCAACAAUCUCUUGGGGGCUAAGAUCCUCUCUGUUGUAAUCUGGGCAUUCAUGUUCUUACUCUCUUUGCCCAACAUGAUUCUGACCAACAGGAGGCCAAGAGAAAAGAAUGUAAAGAAAUGCUCGUUCUUCAAAUCGGAGUUUGGUCUGGUCUGGCACGAAAUAGUCAAUUACAUCUGUCAAGUCAUUUUCUGGAUUAAUUUCUUAAUUGUCAUUGUAUGUUACACCCUUAUUACAAAAGAACUGUACAGGUCAUAUGUCAGAACAAGGGGCGUGGGCAAAGUCCCUAAGAAAAAGGUAAACAUCAAAGUUUUCAUUAUCAUUGCUGUGUUUUUUAUUUGUUUUGUUCCUUUCCAUUUUGCCCGCAUUCCCUAUACCCUGAGCCAGACGAGGGAUGUCUUCGACUGCUCUGCUGAAAAUACUCUGUUCUAUGUUAAAGAGAGCACCCUUUGGUUAACUUCCUUAAAUGCAUGCCUGGAUCCAUUCAUUUACUUUUUCCUUUGCAAGUCCUUCAAAAACUCCUUAACGAGCAUGCUGAAGUGUCCCAUUUCUGCAACAUCUUCAUCUCAAGCAAAAAGGAAAAAAGAACAGGACCCAAGUGAAGAGACUCCAAUGUAAACCAGCUGAGGUAAUAAGUCAAUCUAUUAGUAGUUUAAACACCCAAAAGGAACACUGCGUAAAAAUACGACUAAACAGUAAGCUGAGUCAGUAAACAAUGGCUCUUUAAACAAGUAGUAGAAAACUACAGAAGUAAUUUUCAUUUACUUUUCUAGUAUGAAAAGCGAUCUUAAAAUACAGAGAAAGAAACCUAACAUAUAGAUAAGUGUAGCAAAACUAACAAACUAAUCACGACGGUGAGAAGCUGAACUACACAGAACUCAUGAUUUGUAGAGUUUUGGCAAAAUGGGAAACCAUAUUAUACUGACCGUAAUUUUUUAAGUAUGUUACUGAACAUAAUAUUAUUAUUAAGUUAUACUCAACUGACACAGAAUGAUAAAUCUGAUCAAAAUCUUCUCACGAAAAAUUAUACUAAGACGUACAUAUAUCCAAGACCCUAACCAAAGCUCAGCUACUGGGAUACUCAUUAUAAAGACCUAAGUGGGACACACAAAGAAUAGUAACUACUAACUUCUAAUUAUUAGCAAAAAACCUAAGGAAAUUUAAAAUAAUUGAAAUGGUAAUUGGACUGAUUUUUAAUUUUCAUUAAGAAAGAACAGGUUUAAAAAUACCUUUCCAAUAAAAGGAGCAGAAAUAGCAAAGUUAUUAAAAUGGUUACUUUUAUGACAUUCUAAUACCAAAAAAUCCUGAGGUUUUUCCUUAAUACUGGAGAACCAGUUUUAUUAAUAUUUUGACAACUUUAAUAAGUACAGUGCCAUCACUGCCACUUACUUUUAUUAACUAGCUUCUAGAAAUGUAAGUGCUACUUGAUUUAAUGAAUAUUUCCUUCAGUGAGAAAAUUAAAUUUAAUUCUGUGGUUGCAAAGCAUAACUAUUAACAGAAAAUGUUAAUGUUAAAAUGUUUGUAAUUACUGGUUUGUCAUUUGUGUGUAAAACAAAAAAAUGUACAUUAAAUUCUAAAUCACA